UCGUUAAGCUACUGCUUCUUUCAUUUCUAUAGUCUACUUUACCCUAAACAUAAUAUAACAGUGAUACACUGGUAAAAUGCCUAGAAUAACAAUUAAAGGAGGUGUGUGGCGGAACACAGAAGAUGAAAUUCUGAAAGCUGCUGUAAUGAAAUAUGGUCUGAAUCAAUGGUCUCGUAUUGCUUCUCUACUUCACAGAAAGUCUGCGAAGCAGUGCAAAGCUAGAUGGUAUGAAUGGCUAGAUCCGAGCAUCAAAAAAACAGAAUGGUCAAGAGAGGAAGAAGAGAAGCUUCUUCAUUUGGCCAAGUUGAUGCCGACACAGUGGCGUACAAUUGCUCCAAUAGUAGGGAGAACAGCAGCACAAUGCCUUGAACAUUACGAAUAUUUACUUGAUAAAGCUGCUCAGAAAGAGGAUGAAGAUGACGAUGCUCAGGAUGAUCCAAGAAAGCUUAAACCUGGAGAGAUUGAUCCAGCACCAGAAACUAAACCUGCCAGGCCUGAUCCAAUUGAUAUGGAUGAAGAUGAAUUAGAGAUGUUGAGUGAAGCAAGAGCAAGACUUGCGAAUACUCAAGGUAAAAAAGCAAAGCGAAAAGCAAGAGAGAAGCAGCUGGAAGAAGCCAGAAGAUUGGCUUCACUUCAAAAACGUAGAGAACUUCGUGCAGCUGGUAUUGGAGUUCGUAAAAGGAGGCGAAAGAAACGUGGUGUUGAUUAUAAUGAGGAAAUUCCUUUUCGUAAGCUUCCUGCAGCAGGGUUUCAUGAUACUUCUAAUGAGACCUUCAAUCCAGAUGAUCCAGAUUUCAAACGUUUGAGACAGGAACAUCUUGAUGAUGUCAGCAGACAAAAGAAGGAAUCUCAAGAAAGAAGAAAAGACAAACAAAAAGUCAAGGAUAAAGAGCUGCCUUCUCUAAUAGCUAAGCCGACAGAACCAGUUAAGAAACGGUCCAAACUUGUGCUUCCUGCUCCACAGAUCUCUGAUGCAGAAUUAGAAGAAGUUGUAAAGCUUGGUCAAGCUUCUGAAGCUGCUAAACAAGUUGUAGAAGAAGGAAAUGCUGCUUCUGAUGCUCUACUUGCAGAUUACAGUGUUACUCCAAACGUGUCUGCAAUGAGGACUCCACGCACACCAAUGAUGCAAGUUGAUACUGUUAUGAAAGAAGCCCAAAAUAUAAUGGCGCUGUCCAAUGUUGACACUCCUUUGAAAGGUGGACUGAACACAGAAGUGACCGAUAGUGAUUUUUCCGGGAUCACUCCGCAACAGAAAUACAUUCAAACACCAAAUACAGUUAUUUCUACACCCUUUCAAACUCCUGCUGAUAAAAAUCCAGCAGCGACACCAGGUAUGCUGACUCCGGCUUCUAGCAUUCGAAAUACACCUGGUAUGACACCAGUCAGGGAUAAACUUAACAUAAAUGUAGAAGGUUCAGAUGGGGGAGCCACUCCAUUUGAUGGAAUAGAUGAAAAACAGCAUUUGAAAGCCUCCCUCAUAAAGUUACCUGCGCCUAGAAAUGAUUUUGAAAUUGUUCUUCCUGAAGAUAUGAAUGGUGAAGGGGAAGAGGAGCAUCAUGAUAAUAUUCCAUCUGAUUUUAUUGAAGAUGCUGCCGAAAUAGAGGCAGAAAAACAAGCAAAAAUAGAAGCAGCUAGAGCGGCUGAACUUGAGAAAAGGCACACUAUUAUAAAAAGAGAGCUGCCAAGACCUUCCGUAAUAAAUGAAACUAUUCUUCGACCAAUGAAUGCAAAAACCAAAGCUAACUUAAACUCGCUUCAACUUGCUGAAGAAGAAAUAAAACGAGAAAUGAUUAAAAUGAUGCGAUAUGAUGCUUUGAAUAAUACAGCUCCAAAUCAAGUUCCAGGAAAAGGCAAAAAGGCUGUGAACUUGGCCGUGCACAAGCAAUAUUUAGCAAAAGAUGAGUAUGUAGAAUAUACUAAAGAAGAGUUGGAUGCUGCUAAAGAACUGUUGCAGCAGGAGAUGGAACACGUUAAGGAGAAAAUGGGACAUGGUGAAAUCACUCAAGAAGUUUACACAAAAGUAUGGAGAGAUUGCUACAGUCAAGUUUUAUACCUUCCAUCAGAAAACAGAUAUACUCGAGCAAAUCUUGCUAAUAAAAAAGAUAGAAUAGAAUCACUUGAGCAAAAACUUGAAAAUAAUAGGGGCGAAAUGACCAAAGAGGCAAGGCGUGCUGCAAAGAUUGAAAAAAAGUUGAAGAUUCUUACCAUGGGCUACCAAACGAGAAGUGCAGGUCUUAUCAAGCAAUGCACAGAACUUUUCGAUCAGCUAGAGACUGCUAUGAUUGAAUUACACACUUUUCAGGAGCUUCAUCGAUCUGAGCAGGGUGCGAUUCCCAAAAGAAUGGAAAACAUUGAUCGCGAUUACAAUCUUCAGGCAAGACGAGAAGUUCAACUUCAGAAAAAGUAUAUGGAAGUUGUUCGUGAGAGAGAUGCCCUUGGUGAAGGCACCAGUGGUUGAAUAUAUACUAUGUUGUUAUCAUCUCAUAGUUAUAACUUACAAUGGUGGUGUUAGGAUCUUAACACCUGCUGCUUUCUACUACUUAGACUGAUGUGAAAGAUUCUGCAAUGCUGUAUUAAGGCUUCUCGUUGCAAAGACUAACAUGAACAACUGCAAUUGUUGUUAUUGCAAAUAUGCUCGAGCCCUUGACUUUUAAAUAGUGACCAUGUGCUUUUUCAUGGCUAGAUAUAAAUAAGUCUUUUACUUCAGAGCUGCUGUUUCCAAUUUUAUGAUAUCUGAAUAAUAAAGCUCCCGACUCUUUUUC